GCUGUCACGGGCGUAGCUGGAUGCUGGAUCGUCUCUCUCUCUCGCGCGCGCGCGUGCCGCAGGGAGGCGCUUCCUUUUCUUCUUCCUCUUCCUCCUAAUCACGUCUUGUGUCGCCCUCGCCAUCGGCGACGUCGCCGUUGCCGUCGUCAUCGUCACCGUCGUCGACUCCGAUCGCGACGUCGCGCUCAUUGACACGGCCCGAUCGUCGCCCCCGAGAGCAAGGAGAAGGUGCUGUAGAAAAGGGAGGCCGACGACGAAGGAUUUCUCCUGCCGGCGUGACCGAGGAGAAGAGGGGGAGAGAGAAAGAAAGAAAGAGAGAGAGAGAGAGAGAGAGAGGGAGGAAGAGAGGGAGAGAGAGAGACAGAGAUAGAGCGAGGGAGAGGACAAACGGACAGGUGGACCAAGAUAGAAAGAGCAGAAAGGUAGACGGGGAAGGAACGAGGGAUAUAGUUCAAGAUAGAGACCGACCGACCGACCGAUCAGUGGAGGAGGUGUUGCUCAAGUAGUGCUCUGUGUAUGGUGCAGUGCGGUGCUGUGCUCGAGAGAGAGAAUGGCGUGGACGGAUUUCGCGUGUAUCUUGCCGUGACGUGGGAAGUCGGCUCUGAAAGCGUGGGGUGUUAAGCCGAGGAAUGGAGGGAACGUGGCAGUGGGAGCAGCGAAAGCACUGCCAUAUCAUUCUGCUCAACUCUUCGUCGUACCUAAAGGAGAAUCCGGAACAAGUUGCAGCUUUGAUAGGACAAGUAGACGCGACAGUUUCAGAUGAACGAAAACGACUGCAUGAUUGCUAUGGCAAGGAAGCAGAUAUCCUGAAAACAAGGGAUCGUGUGCCAAGUCUGUAGCGUUUGGUAAGGAAGAGAGGGGCCCCCGUCAAGUAUCACUUUGGAAGGAGAAGAGAGAAGGGGGUCAUCAUGGGCCCAGCAACCCAAAUUGUAUCUCACUAAGCGAUGCAAGUAAUUAGGGCCGGGGCCCUGCUAGUGAGCAUGUGGCUCACUAGAGAAUGAAGAAGCAAAACGUCCGGACUUUAUCAUUAAUCGUCUUCACGCUUACCUAUCUCCUCGUCGGUGCUGCAAUCUUCGACGUACUCGAGUCCGAGACGGAGAAAUUACGCAAAGAAGCGUUAGAUGCCAUUGAGAAAAUGGUCAUACGAAAAUACAAUAUAAGCGAGGACGACUUCAAGAUCAUGGAAACAGUGGUGCUGAAGACGGAACCUCACAAAGCUGGCCAACAGUGGAAGUUCGCUGGCGCGUUUUAUUACGCUACAACGGUCCUCACCACGAUAGGUUACGGACACUCAACGCCGACUACUAUAUACGGCAAAUUGUUCACGAUGUGCUACGCGAUCAUUGGUAUCCCAUUAGGACUUGUAAUGUUUCAGAGUAUAGGAGAACGCGUGAAUAAGUUCUCGUCUGUCGUGAUACGGAAUGUAAAGACGCUUCUAAACUGUAGAAACGUCCAGGCCUCGGAGAUAAAUCUCAUCUGCGUGGUAACGACGUUGUCGUGCCUGACUAUCGCCGGCGGCGCCGCUGCGUUCUCCAGGUACGAGGGGUGGUCCUACUUCGAUUCCAUUUACUAUUGCUUCAUUACUUUGACGACAAUCGGUUUCGGCGACAUGGUCGCGCUGCAGAAGGACAAUGCACUCAACAAGAAGCCUGAGUAUGUGAUGUUUGCCCUAAUAUUUAUUCUCUUCGGCUUGGCGAUCGUGGCGGCCUCGCUUAAUUUACUGGUUUUGAGAUUCGUCACUAUGAAUACGGAGGAUGAAAGACGAGACGAAGCAGAAGCGUUACAGGCAGCCCAGGGCGCGGUACGUCUCGAGGGCGAUGUGAUAACGGCAAACGGCUCGAUACUGUCCGGCCAAAUUGGCAAUCACGGAAACGCAAUGUCGUUGGACGACGAAGCGUCGGUGUGUAGCUGCCGCUGCAGCGGUUUCCAGAGGAAGCGGCGGAGACCACGUUUCACAGUGCGCCGCUCGCCGGGCAAGAUCUCACACUUGCUGCCAAUGCAACAGCUGUCGGCGUUGAGCGUGCGGGGCGACCCGCGGACGUCGCAGAAUUCUUCGAUGCUACCGUUACCGCCACUGUAUCAGCACCGUGCCAGCAUUUGACGUCGUUGUUCUGCCGCGAGGAGCGUGAUACUCCUCGACGAGCAGCACUAUUGCGAGCAGCCGCGACGGGUAUCCGUCUGAGGGGAGCGUGUGCCUCUGCCUGGCAGCUGGCGACUUCAACGAAUUUCAAUCGUCGUCGAGACGCUAUUAUCACCGCCACGAGUUCUCUUUUUCUCGCGUUCUCUCUCUUUCUAUUUCUCUCUCUCUCUUUCUCUCCUUUCUCUCUCUCUCUCUCCCUCUCUCUCUCUCUCUUUCUUUCUUGCUCUCUCUCUCUCCCUUUUUCGCGGUCCACUCUCGUCGAGUGAGAGUAAGAUUUCGCAUAUAGAUAGUCAAGAGAUUGGAAUUGGUUAGAAAUUGAAUCGAUGGAACUGUUUAAUUAGGAUCGUGACACCGGAGUGACGACGGCGCCGGAUGCUUCUCCUCAACGAAAAUGUUUUGUCGUUUCGCGAACCCGCGCGAUACGUAUAAUUCUUCCAUUCCGUCAUCAUUCGAGUUUAAUUCAUGUUCACGUAACCGAGAAUAUUAGGAUACUCGAUGUACGAUGAAUGAAUUUCUGAUGCAUCUGUGCGUCGAAUGAGGAAUGAGAAUUCGACGAAUGAGGAAGCGAAAAUUUUAGCGCUCGAGAUGUCAAGACGAGCUUUCCGUUCUGACGUUCUAGAUAAAUGGCUGUGUCGUUCGUUGGUAUCAUUAAGAGUGUGACAUACGAUGAGAUUCUGUACGUGUGAUAAGUCUAUAUAGCAAUGUAGAUUAUUUUUAAUCUAUAGCUAACGAUAAGUUAUCUUUGAUCUUUUGUAAUCAAAAUUAUUUAUAUUUUCUUUGCGAAAAAAUAUUGCAUGUGUAAGAAUAUUUGCUUGAACAAUAUUCUAGCGAAAAUAAAGAUCGGAAUGUAAAUUAAGAAUGUAAGAAGACUCUUCCUUUAUAUUCAGCUUACACUUCGAUUUUUAUUUUUGACAGAGAUAUAAAAAUAAGUA